GGGACGGAGAGCCGGGAAUGGAGGAUUAGGAAGGACUCCAGCUCGGCACGAGCGCGGCCCGCGCGAGGGAUCCUGGGUAAAAAGUGGCCGCGCGGCACCGGGAGAGCGCGGAGAGGAGCCGGGGUCAGAGGUCAGGGCCCUGGAGCCCCGCGAGCAGAGCCCCCCACGUGAACGCAGCGAGCAGGAGGAACCUUUUUGUUUUCAACCGCGCCAGCAUGCUCCCCUAUUGACCGAGCUGCUUUUCCUGGGCUGCUGGGGAGAGGAGCUCCAUUGCGGAUCUCCUGACCCCACCCCUCCUUCCACCGCCAACACACUUCCCAACUCAACCCUUCCUCUCAACUCUCAUCCCAGCCCCCCGUCCCGAGCUUGCAAUAACGCAGUAAAUUUGCUUUAACAACAAGUGGGGGUGGUUGAAUUUACUCCUCCCUCUCCUCUCUCCUCCCCCUCCUCUUGCUGCGGCUCUUGACACUACUACAAACCAGGGCUAUAAACAUAAACAUGUGUCACUGUAACAGGGCAGGUAAUAUACGGAUUUUGAGGUGGGCUGGGGUGGAGCGGGGCUUGGUCGCCGCUUGGAGGGCAGUAAAAAAUCGCGUUUCACGUGCUCGACGGCUUUGGGGACUCUCCCACACAUCGAUCCAUUUAUAUAAUGCCGAAGGCACUCGGUCACUUAUUCAGCCACGCAGACCCACAAAGCCAGAACGCGGAUAACCAGCGUACCCCAAAGCAAAUGCAUUUCAGUACGAAUCCCUCUCCUUUCCCAGCCAGAGCUGCCAUAUCUUCUAUUAGCAAACAGUAACGUGAUACUUGAAUCCCCUUUCCUUUUUAAAAAUUCUUUUCCAGAUAGCCAUGAGCUCAUUUUUCGACCUAGAUAGUACAUCUCUCCCAUAGCCACUACCUACACGUUUUGUGCGCAGAAACCCCUUCAAACAGCAAGAAAGACUAUUUAAAUGACUGAGUUCGAAAUCUGGUGUGCAAAGGGUAUUCCUUGGGCUUUGCCUCCGUGCAUUGAGCAACUUCUGCAAGUUGCUGAGACUGGCGCGGUGGAGAUCCGCCCCAGCAAGCCUUUUUUAUUGUUAUUUAGUCUAUAUCUGCCUCUCAACUUUUUUCUCAUUCUUAGUUCAACAAGCCAGCAACCACUACUUAAGGUAGAGUAAAGCGCAUCCCUUCCCAAGCUUUUUGGCUUGAAACAGAGGGAGAUACAGAAAAUGUUCAGAUGGGGAAGUGGUUCCCUUUGUUCUUUCAUUGUUUCUCUACGAACUGGUGGAUACAAGGACAAACACUUACCUUCUCUUCUUUUUGCUCCAAAAACCAGACGUUCCCAUCAGCCUUAAAAUACACAAUCCACCUUGAAAGUAACUAUGGAUGUCGGGAGAGUUUGUAUUCCAUUCUUUUUCGCUCUCUGCCCUCUUUUAGCGUAGGAUUAAGUUGCCGAGCACGUUGCUGCAAGCUGUAGCCCCCCCCACCCCCCACCCCCGCCUUAGUGAAUCGGUCACGUUUAGGACCCUCUAAGUCCAUCCUAAUUCUGCCAGUAGAAUUGAGGAUAUUGGAGCUCUAAACUUUCAAAAGGAAAGGGGCCUGCAACUCUCCAGAAAACUUACAAAUAUCCCGAGAUUUUUUACCAUUGUGUUUUUGCACCACAUUACCAAACACUAUUUGCCAAUAAAUAAUAGAUAUGUCUUUGAGAAAAGUAUUUUUUUAACUUUAUACUUAGCAAUGCGCUGCUUAGACAGAUGGAGUAAAAGGCAGGUUUGUAUCGGCAUUUAACGGAAUGAGUGCGUUUUCCCUAACGUUUGUUGUGCCAUGUGUUUUUUUUAAAACAAACAAAACACUACCGCAACUGAGAAAGGAAGUAGAAGUUUGAAUUAAAAUGUUGUGGAACAACUUUAAAGGAGACGUUUACUUGAAAUUUAUUAGUGUAAAAAUUGGCCUCAGAAGUGAAAAGUAAGCUUUUCAAAGUUAAAAGACUUAAUUUUCACCCUAUGAUUCCAUAAUAAAAAAGCGAAUUUUCUGAUUAAUAUGUGAUACUGUCAGUGUUGAGUGUCCAGCUUUUUGGGCAUUAGUGCCCAAACCUUGCUCAAAUCUGAUUAUGAUGUGAUUUGCUGAUGUCAUGAAUAUGAAAUGAUACUUGUAUAUCCAUAAAUUCGAAGUUGUGAUUUUUUUGUUUAUUUUUCUUUUUUCUUUUUUUUUAAUCUCCCGCUUUUUUGUAGGUUCCCAGUAGCUGCAGCAGUGAAAGACAGUGAUUGGCUCCAGUGCUCCUAGAAGGAUUUGGGCUGAAGCCAGGGGAACAGAACCAGAAGAGGAUUCCCUUUCCAGAGACCAUCAGGCUCCUCAUGUCUUGUCUCUCCUCUCUCCCCUCGUGGUGGCUCAGGAUUUCAGUAUGGCUGAGCAGCCCAUAGAGGCAGCUGACAUGGUCAACAAAUUUAUCAAAGAAACCCCCUGGCUUUUGAAGAAUAGUACUUUAUACAUCUGGAUCUGCACAUCAGGCAAAGCUCAGAAAUAUCCGUUUAUUCUUUUAAUCACGCGGAUGUGUCUAUUUUUGGAGGAACAAGGAAACACAUAAAUGCCUGGGUUGCAUUUAUGUUGUAGUUGCAAACACCGAACAGUUAAGAAGAUUUUGCCGAAUUUUGCAAAGCAGCCAACGAGCCGCCUUGGGAUCGUGGUAAUGCGACUGGGAGGACCCUUGCUCUCAUUUGGCAAUAUUUUGGAUAUCCUUGAAAAUGACACCAAAAUAUGCCUUAAUUUGACUAAGAAGAGGUUAAACCACAUUGAUUUUCCUCCAAAGUGAUUUUGUAAAAGCAGAUGCUUGACUUUGAUGGAAAAACUGGGAGUUGUGGAAGAUUCACCUAAACUACCAACCCAAAGCAUCACAAACCACUGAAACAGUCUGCAUCGUACAUCAGCACUUUCUUUUCAUUGUUAUUACGUAAAACCUCUGGAAGCACCUUGGGCGUUUGACAUUUUCUUUUCUUUGCUGCAGAAGGAAGCAAUCUGCUCCCUGGAAUUCUGACCUGUGGUGAACAGGACCCUGGCAAAGGCUUUGCUGGGGACUCUUGGACGAUCCCGCCUCCAAUCCAGUACGGUUAAUUGUGGAAAAGUGUACACAUUUCUGGCUUAUCUAUGCUUUGUUAUGGGUCUGACGUGAAACUACCUCCUCCCCACCCCACCCCCCAGCAGAGAACCGAAAUCCAGUUGAAUUGUUACAGUGUUUCAGAGCUGGAGCCUUGAACUGCUUCCCUGGUCAAAUAACUUUGUUUCUGGUUGUAAAAAGGCAUUUCAGGGGGAAAAAAAAAAAAAAAGGAAAAUCGAGAGAAAUUCCAAACCAGGAUGCCUUGAGACACACGCAGCAUCUGGCGGAGGAUUAACAUACAUACAUGUGUAUGUAUGCGUCACGUAUAUAUUUACUGCAAAUGGUGGGGAUCAUUUAGUGCCCGAGAUGGGAGACCUGAAGUCAGGUUUUGAAGAGGUGGAUGGCGUGAGGCUCGGCUACCUCAUCAUUAAAGGGAAGCAAAUGUUUGCUCUCUCCCAAGUCUUCACAGAUCUGCUGAAAAACAUCCCGAGGACGACCGUGCACAAGCGCAUGGAUCAUCUGAAAGUGAAGAAGCACCACUGCGAUCUGGAGGAGUUGCGGAAACUCAAGGCAAUCAACAGCAUCGCCUUCCACGCAGCCAAAUGCACACUCAUCUCCCGGGAAGACGUGGAAGCGCUCUACACCUCCUGCAAAACCGAGCGCGUCCUCAAGACCAAGCGCAGGCGGGUCGGCCGGGCCCUGGCCACAAAGGCGCCGCCGCCAGAGCGCGCCGCCGCCGCCAGCCCCCGCCCGGGAUUUUGGAAGGACAAGCACCAACUUUGGCGGGGCCUGAGCGGAGCCGCGCGGCCCCUGCCAAUCAGCGCGCAGUCCCCGCGCCCGGGCGCCGCCGCCGCGCGCCCCGCCGCCCAUCUACCUCAGAUUUUUAGCAAAUACCCCGGCUCGCACUACCCGGAGAUCGUGCGUUCGCCCUGCAAACCCCCUCUAAACUAUGAAACUGCCCCGCUCCAGGGAAACUACGUCGCCUUCCCCUCGGACCCGGCUUAUUUUCGGAGCCUGCUGUGCAGCAAGCACCCGGCCGCCGCCGCCGCCGCCGCCGCUGCCGCCGCCGCCGCCGCCGCCGCCGCUGCCGCCUAUUACCAGGCAUCCGCGGCCGGGCCCCAGCCCAAGGCAGCGGCGGGCGCCAGAGGCCCGGGAAGCCUGAGCUACCGCUGCAAACGCAAGCGCGGCGGCACCAAGGACUGCUUGCUCGCGCCCCACACCGGCGCGCGGCGCCUGCUGCUGCUGCCCAGGUCCUACAAAGCCAAGGCGGCCGCGGCGGCGGCGGCGGCGGCGGCAGCGGCUGCGGCUGCCGCCGGGGCCACUUGCCUGGAGAGGUUUCAUCUGGUCAACGGUUUCUGCCCGCCUCCGCACCACCACCACCACCACCACCAUCACCACCACCACCACCACCACCGGGCCCAGCCGCCGCAGCAGAGUCACCACCCCCCUCACCACCACCGGCCGCAGCCCCAUCUGGGCAGCUUUCCCGAGAGUUGCAGCAGCGACUCCGAGUCCAGCUCCUACUCGGACCACGCGGCCAACGACUCGGAUUUUGGCUCCAGUUUGUCCAGUUCCAGCAACUCUGUGUCCUCGGAGGAAGAGGAGGAGGAGGGAGAGGAGGAGGAGGAAGAGGAGGAGGAGGAGGAGGGGGGCAGCGGGGCCUCGGAUUCCAGUGAAGUCAGCUCGGAGGAGGAAGACUCGUCCACCGAGUCGGACUCCAGCUCCGGCUCCAGCCAAGUGUCAGUGCAGAGCAUCCGAUUCAGGCGUACCAGCUUCUGCAAGCCUCCCAGCGUGCAGGCGCAGGCCAACUUCUUGUACCAUCUGGCCUCUGCCGCCGCUGCAACCAAACCCGCUGCUUUCGAGGAUGCCGGCAGACUUCCCGACCUCAAGAGUAGUGUCAAAGCGGAGUCGCCGGAGGAGUGGAAUCUGCAGAGCUGGGCCCCCAAAGCGUCUCCGGUGUACUGCCCGGCCAGCCUGGGGAGUUGUUUCGCAGAGAUAAGGAACGAUAGGGUAUCUGAGAUUACAUUCCCACACUCUGAAAUUUCCAAUACUGUAAAGAGAACUGACCUGACAAUUAACUGCCUGGCAGAGGGGGCCUCUUCACCUAGCCCAAAGACAAACAAUGCAUUUCCACAACAAAGAAUACUCCGAGAGGCUAGGAAAUGCCUACAAGCAACUCCUACUACACACUGUGCAGAUAACAACACAAUAGCUGCUAGGUUCUUAAAUAAUGAUUCUUCAGGAGCAGAAGCAAAUUCAGAAAAAGAUUCCAAAAUCCUUCAUUGUCCUGAAUUUGCUACGGAUUUGCCCUCUUCGCAGACUGAUCCUGAAGUGAACGCUGCAGGAGCAGCAGCAACUAAAGCCGAGAAUCCCUGCACUGACACAGGUGACAAGACAUUGCCAUUUCUGCACAAUAUUAAAAUCAAAGUAGAAGACAGUAGUGCUAAUGAAGAAUAUGAACCUCACCUUUUUACAAAUAAGCUAAAGUGCGAGUGCAAUGAUACAAAGGGUGAGUUUUACAGUGUGACUGAGAGUAAAGAGGAGGACGCCUUGUUAACCACAGCCAAGGAAGGUUUUGCAUGCCCUGAGAAAGAUACUCCUUCCUUAAAUCCACUGGCUCAAAGUCAGGGCCUUUCAUGCACUUUAGGUUCUCCAAAACCUGAGGAUGGGGAAUAUAAAUUUGGUGCCAGGGUAAGAAAAAAUUACCGGACACUAGUACUGGGAAAGCGACCUGUCCUUCAGACACCUCCAGUCAAACCAAAUUUGAAAUCAGCUAGAAGCCCUCGUCCUACAGGUAAAACUGAGACACAUGAAGGAACACUGGAUGAUUUUACAGUUAUAAACAGACGCAAAAAGGUAGCCAGCAAUGUAGCAUCAGCAGUGAAAAGGCCAUUUAAUUUCAUGGCAAAUUUUCCUUGUCCACCAUCACUCAUUAUUGGGAGAGAUGGGGACUUGUGGCCGGCGUAUUCCUUAAACACCACUAAGGAUUCUCAAACUCCUCACAAGGCCCAUCCUAUAUGGAAAUGGCAGCUGGGCGGUUCUGCAAUACCUCUUCCACCUAGUCACAAAUUCAGGAAAUUUAAUUCAUAAAAAUGUUUUGGAAGAUAUUUUCUUGAAGCAUAUUACCUUCCUUUUGUUGUAAACUGCACAGGAUGGUUUGUACAAGUCCGUUAAUGUGUUACACCC